AUGAACCCCACCAUUCUGGCCAUUGAUGGCGGAGGUGUUCGAGGGGUGAUUCCACUGGAAUUUUUGGUACUGGUACAGGAGAGCCUGGGUCGCUGCCCGCUCCAGGAUCUAGUCGACCUUGGCGUUGGAACAAGCUCGGGUGGCCUGAGCAUUUUGGGCCUACUCACCAUGGGGUGGGACGUGCGGAGAUGCGCAGAGGUCUUCGAUCAUGUAGCACACCAGAUCUUCCGUGAAAGGAGAACCUCGCGGUUGUCCCGUCUAUCGCACGCACUAUUCGGGAGUGGCUCAGUUUUGGGGACUGUUCAUAAGUGGCUUGUAUGGCUACUGCAUGACAGUUGCUACGACGGUCAAGUUUUCGAUAAGGCUAUAAAGUGUGUUUACGGCAAGGAGAGACGUAUUUUUGACGGUCUUCGUUCAGAGCACACCAGCCAAUCCUGCUCAACGUACUCCAGGGCAAAGGUAGGAGUCGUCGCGACUAGCAUUGCAAAGGAGACGUGGCCCUUUGUCUUCGGUAAUUUUAAUGUCGCCGAGGCCACCGGGAACGACUGCGGGUACGAGAUUGUCCGGCCUGUCGACAGAGAGGCCGAGCCCUUUGUUUGGGAGGCUGCCAGGGCUACCGCAGCCGCCCCCUUUUUCUUCCAGCCAACCGAUAUUCCCGGGAUUGGCUCAUUCCAAGAUGGAGGCCUGCGAGACAACCUUGCCGCGGACAUUGCCCGGCGUCUGAGUCGGCAAAUUUGGCCUUCCAAGAAAAACCCCGCCAGACUGCUAUCUAUGGGGACCGGAGUGACAGCACGAAAUGGUGAGAGAUCACCUCACUUCCGUCACGUUUUCAGGGACAGUUUCUUGCGCCGGGGGUUCGAUGCAUGGAUGUCUUCUAUGGAUACGGAGACAAAAUGGUUCGAGAUGAUGGCGCAGACUCCAGCCGACACCCAGGAGGAUUAUCUAAGGCUGAACGUUCCACUUCAAAACAUGCCAAGUGCCAUCGAUACAGUGGAGGCGAUGGACGAGUACAGGAACCUUGUAACUCUCUACCCCGGAAGCGCUCGGAUGGCACGUGAGGUGGCAACCGCACUAUUGGUGUCGAGAUUUUUCUUUGUCUUGGACUGCCUGCCGGGAGAGCGUUGCAGCCCAGUCUGGUGUCGCGGAUUGAUCCGAUGCAAGGGCCCUGCGAAACUGAUCGUUGACGCACUGGACCAGCUCCACCCGCAGGGUCUAGAAUAUAGGUCCGAUUUUGGACUCAUCGGCCGCCUGGACGGCGCAUCCGAACUAUGUUCGACCUGCGGCCGGUAUGGACGGCCGAUCGCCUUCCUUACUGAUCACAUAGACACCGUGGUCAAUAUAUACGUGACGUCAAAAGCCAAGAAACAACGUUGGAGGCUGAGCGGAUUCCCUAAUAGCAUGGCAUCUUUUGCCGCAGCUCAACACUUACACGCACCAUUUGGUAGCUCGGACAAUUGUCGUCCCGGCACAGUCGUUUGCCAGAAUUGUGAUAGAGCUCAGAUCCUAAUACGGAAACGCUUCUCAACACAGUCCCGGAACGACCAGGCCAAGAAAGCCCGAUUGGUAUAA